AUGUUCUCAAAACUUUCCCAGUUAUCCCAGAAUUUAGGCGAAGAGCUCUCUAGGAUUAAUGAGGAGGUUGCUGCCUCUAGAAGGAACCAACUAAAGAAAAGCAGGGAUUCGGAGAGGGAUACAAAGUUCCUUAACAUCAAAACUCCCGAUCCUGAAGCUCUACAACAACCGGGUCAUGAGGUGAAUGAAGGCGCUGAAACCGAAACAGAUGCUACUGAGUCAAAGGGCCAAGUGGUUCCAAACACAAAUAUACACUUCAAUGAUCUGCCUAUGGAGAUUAGGGCCCGCUUGAAAAAGUUUGCGAAAUAUGAGCAGAAAUAUCCGUUGUUGUUGGACGCUUACAAAACUGAGAAGGCCAAAUCUGAAAUAGUUCAUGCUUUUGAAUCAACUUUACAAGAAGUCACUCCUUUGCAGACAAUUGGAGAAAUUGAACAAUUCAAAGACUUUAUCAGCAAUAUGACCCAAAAGGCUAAAUUAAUGGAUGAAGAAUUGAGAGCCAAAACUGGCGAGUUGAAUGGCCUAAAAAACGAAGUGACAGAAAUGAAAGAGAAAUUGAAGGCUGUUCAAGGUGAGAUGAAAGCCAAGUCUGCUUUAGCAGAAGAAUCUGCGAUGAAAGCCGAUCAACUUAGUGUGGAUCUUGAACGAGUUGUGAGUGAGCUAGAAAAUUUGAAAAAGGAAAGGGAAGAGAUUGUUACGGAGCGUGAUGAGGCAACCAAGGAACGUGACGAGUCAACAAGAGAAAGAGAUAUCAUUCUAGAAGAAGUCAAAUCUAAUAAAAAUCAAGAACUUUUGGAGGAAUACAAGUCUGAGUUAGAAGAAGCAAAGAACGCUCUUGCAUUGAGAACUGAGGAGAUUGAAAAUCUAAACUUGAAGUUGGAGUCUGAAAAGUCGGCAAAGUUAUCAUUAGAGGGUGUAGCAGAUGAGCGAGAUGGCCUUAAAGCAAAGUUAGAAGCGCAAACAACUUCCUUCCAGGAAGAAUUAGACCAACUUUCUCAAGAACGGGAUCGUUUGAAUUCUCAACUAACAAUAGGAGAAAAGUCACAGAUAGAAAUUGAGCAAGAAAAAAAUGAGCUCAAGAUGGAUAAGCUCUCUAAAGAGAGAGAUGAGCUAAGGAUGCAGUUGGAUAGAGAAAAAGAAAAUUCUGCAAAGGCUAGCAUCACGCCCCAGAACUUUGAGGUUAAAACUAAAGUUGAAUCCAACAAGAACAUUGAAGCACCUUUAUCUGAAGAACUCAGGCAAGUCACCAGAGAAAGAGAUGAGCUAAAAGCUCAGUUGUUGCUCAUUCAAAAGAACCCAGGACCAAGUAAGAAGACCAAUGAAGGAAACCGUAACUUAGAGCGGAACGGUGAAAAAAAGUCCCAUGACCAAAAUGGUGCUGACGAUGAUCUUAUCGAACGGAAGGGUGAAAGCGGUACAGAUGAUUCAAAGGAUAAUCAGCUGAAACUAAUAGAGCAGUCAACCACUAUUACGAUGUUGAAUGAAGAGAUUGAAAACUUGAAAGAUAUGCUGCGUGACGUCGGAGACGAUCUUGUAGUGGCUAAAGACAAGCUUUCACAGGUCUCUGCUGUUGAUGAAAAAAAACAGCACGCUCUUGAAAGGGAACUGGAAUCCUCAAAGUUGAAGCUUGCUGAGAUUGAAAAGGAUUACAACGACGAUAGAGUUGACCUCAAGAAUGAAUUGAAACUCGUUACCGAGGAAAAGGAAAAUCUUGAACAUGAGAAUGAAACAUUGAGUCAAAGCUUGACCGAGCUUGAAAAGCUGAAACAAGAAGUCAAGGAGAAAGCUCAAGCCGUUCAGAAUUAUGAAUCUAAGUAUUCGACACUAUCGGAUGAAUUAUCUUUAGUCCUCUCCAAACGAGAUGAAUUGGAAAAAGACAAGGAAAGUUUCAGGCUGAAAUUGAAAGAUUUGGAACAGAAAAAUUCCGAGACUGAACAACAAGAGGAAUCGCAGAGAACUGGAACUGCAGAAAUGGAAGAGGAGUUGCAGACUUUGAAAAGGGAGCUAGAAGCAAGCUCCCAGCGCAUUGAGGAUUAUAAGCAAAAGCAACUAGAACUAGAUGAUGAAAUAUCUCUUGUACGUUCUCAAAAAGAUGAAUUACAGAAAACGAUAACUAGCCUGCAAGAAGACCUGGGGAAAGAGAAAGAGAAUGUUAAGUUACUCCGUGAAAAUAUCAUUGCCGAAGAAAAAGCCAAAAAUUCCCAAAAACUGGCAGAAAAUGUGGCGCAGCUAGACAAAUUCAAAAAGCAGGAGAUAUCACUCAAGCUUGAGAUUGCAAACCUUGAAAAUCUAAAUGCUGAAAAAGGCUCAAAGAUCAAAAGUUUGGAAGAGCAUAUCACUUAUCUUAAUACAGAGAGGCAAUCUAAUUAUGAUGAGAAUCAGAAACUGAUCUCCCAUACUAAUGAGAAAUGGAAGCAGGAUUACACGGAGUUAGUCAUAAAAUUGAACAAGUGUCAGUCAGAGAACAAUAGACUUACAAAAGAAUUGAACGAAUACAAAGAUAAACUAAAAGAUAUGAACACCUCAAAGCUGAACAGUAGCGAGACAAUCGAGUCAAUCAGAAGACAAUGCGAAGAACUUAAAAUGAUGAAUAAUGAAUAUUCUUUGAAGAUUGAAAGUCUACAUGAAGAACUAAGUUCUUCGAGUUCAAUUUUACAGGAACGUUCCAGAGAAAUGAAUACUAUACGUAAACUGCUAGCUGAUACUGAGUCCAAAUGUGACGAAAGAAUCAAACAGUUAAAAGCAAGAAUUGAUAGGUUAGAAGAAGAAAAGGAGACGACUAGCCAUGAAAGCUCUGUCCAGGCAAGAAAGCUGAGUAAAACAAUCGACCAGUUAAAGAAAGGCAAGAAUGAAUUGUCAGUGCAGCUAGAACAAUGUAAGCUAGAGCUGGAACAUCUGAAAUCCGUCCCAUCUAGAGUGGAUGUUGACAAUAAAAACGGUGCUUCAAAUGAAAACAGUGAUGAAAACCAAUCUGAUAUUGAAUCUGGAAUUAUCGAACAGCUCAGAAACUCGCUAAAGGGAUAUGAAGAACAACUAAAACAAUACCAAGAUUCCAACGUCUUACUCAAGAAGGUUAACGAAGAGCAGUUGCUGAAGUUCGAGAGACUGCAUUCAAAUUUCAAGAUUGUAUCUAAACAAUAUAGAAUGCUGAAAGAUCAAAAGGACGAAGUCAAUACGAGAAGUAGAAACAAUUCAGUUAUAAGUUCAACGAGCGCGGGGAGUGAUGAAAAUGAGAGAGAUAAAGUUGCCUAUAUUAAGAACGUCCUUCUAGGAUUUUUGGAACACAAAGAUCAACGAGCUAUGCUUUUUCCUGUAGUGAAGAUGCUACUUAUGCUGGACGAUGAUGAAGAGAGAAGGUUAGCCAGCUCAUUAAAAUAA